AUGAACUGGGCCUCGACCGAAGGAGGCUCGGAAGACGUUCGACCAGUGACGGGAGUGGACGUGGUGGUGUCAAGCCAAGGGCGUGAUGAACACCGGAAGCUGCAAGUUGCUCUUGAGUUGGUCCUGGGCGGCUUGAGUGCCGGAGGACACCUGGCGGCCAUGGCGGCCUUGGAACGCGGCACCGAGCUGGGACUUGCAGGCUUGGUCUUGCUGAACCCGGUGCUGGAUUUGGACUUUCGAGCCGGGUGGCGAAGGCAAACGCCGUCCAUCUGGCUGGGGGCGCACCUCCUCCGAGCCGUCUACGGGGAGGAGGCGCUCCAUGCGAAGUCCCCCCUGCACCAGGUGCGAAGCUUGCCUUUUCCAACCUUGAUCUUGCAUGGCGAGGAGGACACGCUGAUUCCACUCGCGCAGUCUGAAGCCUUUAUGAAGGAAAUGCGACGGUCGAACAACGAGUGCAUGGUCGUCCCCUUUCCACAGGUGGACCACGACUUCCUCCGGGUUCCGCCCGAGUUGGCCGAGCGCCAUGUCUCCACGCUGGGCGAGUUCUUUCGCUCUGCCGGCGUGCUGGCUUGA